AUGCGAGCCAGUAGCACCUCGUCGACCGAUUCCAAUGGGUUUCCCGUCAAAGAUCCCGACGCCAUCAAGCUUUUCGUUGGGCAGAUUCCGCGAAAUUUGGAGGAAAAAGACCUACGUCAUCUGUUCGAGCAGUUUGGCAAAAUUUACGAGUUCACCAUUUUGAAGGACAAGUAUACAGGUAUGCACAAGGGCUGCGCGUUUCUCACCUACUGCCAUCGCGACAGCGCCAUCCGCUGCCAAACCGCCCUCCACGACCAGAAGACACUACCCGGAAUGAAUCGCGCAAUGCAAGUGAAGCCGGCUGACACCGAUAGUCGUCCGGCGAGUCCCAAGGACAAGCUCGACGACAAGAAGCUGUUCAUCGGGAUGCUGUCGAAGCAGCAAACCGAGGAGGAGGUGCGCGCGAUGUUCGCGCCGUUCGGCGCCCUCGAGGAGGUCACCGUGCUUCGCAGCGCCGACGGCGCCUCGAAAGGCUGCGCGUUCGUCAAAUACAAGAACGCGCUCGACGCGCAGAUGGCGAUAUCGGCGCUGCACGGCAGCCAGACGAUGCCCGGCGCGAGUUCGAGUCUCGUCGUCAAAUACGCCGACACCGAGAAGGAGCGACAGGUGCGUCGAAUGCAGCAAAUGGCCGCGCAGAUGGGCAUGCUUAAUCCGAUGCUCGUCAACCAGGUCGGCCUCCAGUAUUCGACGUAUCAAAACAUCUUGCAGCAGCAAGCGUUGGCGAAUGUCGCGCAAACGUCAGCCUCAGCCUACCUGCCGCUUCUUCAAGCGCGACCGGCGGCAGCAUCGAUGCUUCAACUUCAAGCAGCCGCCGCCGCACCGGUCAUUGCUCAAAAUCCGACGCUCACCGCACAAUUGGGUCUCACCGCGGCUUCAGCGGCGACGACGAAUCCGCAUUACGCGUUGGCGUUCGCCGCCCAACAACAACAACAGCAGCAGCAGCAGUCGGGCCAGCAAGGCCAACAGCCGGUGGGCGCGGCGAACGGUAGCGAUGCGAGCUACCAGCUGGCAGCGGCUGCCGCCGCCGCCGCCGCCGCCAAUCCCUACAAUCAUCUGCUCAGCAUCGAAUCGCAACAAAAUGCCGCCGCCGCCCUCCAAUUGGCGCAAUUGCAGCAACAAGCCGCCGCCGCAAUGCCGAUGGUGACACCGAAAGAAGUGCUUGGUCCCGACGGCUGCAAUCUUUUCAUCUAUCACUUGCCGCAGGAGUUUGGCGACACCGAGCUCAUCCAGAUGUUCGCGCCGUUCGGACGCGUCGUCUCCGCCAAAGUGUUUGUCGAUCGCGCCACCAAUCAGAGCAAAUGCUUCGGAUUCGUCUCAUACGACAACGCGCACUCAUCGCAGACGGCGAUCGCCGCGAUGAACGGCUUCCAGAUCGGAAUGAAGCGCCUCAAAGUGCAAUUGAAGCGACCGCGUGCCGACCGUCCGUAUUAG